AUGUUCACAUCCCUCGCUCACGAUCGGGAAGAUCUCAGACCAGUGGCAAAGUUACAUUACCUUAAGGCCAAUGUAUCAGGUCCCCCACUUCAAUUGAUCCGUCAUGCAGUGAUGAACGACGAUGGAUACGAACCAGCGUGGAAUCAACUCAAGUCCAGGUAUGAUGAUCCAGAGCAACUCAUCUUCGCCCACAUCAAGGACUUGUUCAGUGUGACCACACCAUCAUCAAAGUCAGCUGAACAACUCGAUAACCUGGUAGGCGUGGUACGCCAAAACUUAGAUGCCUUGAAGGCACUCAAUGUCCCAGUCGACUCAGCAAACUACUUCUUGGUAUACUUGGUGGCCAGUAAACUUAAGCAGCCGCUACGUGAGUCAUGGGAACUCGAGCGAAGUAGGUCUCGCUCACCGACAACUCUAGACAGUCUACUCAAAUUCAUCUCAACCAGGGCACGUGCGAUGGAGUCAGCUCAAGAUGCAGCCCGUCAAGCAAAACGGUGGCCUACUCCAGUGAUCACCAGAAAGUCCAGAUCACAACACCAGUCCACUCGCCAGCAGACACUCAAUCGCAGACGACUCGAGCCUCCAGGCAUGGGGCUCAAAAACGACAAGCAGAUUACCCGUGUGAUCAAUGCAGCAGUUUGGAUCACUAUUUGGUUGACUGCAAAUCAUUCGCAGGACUCUCGCAACAAGACCGAUACAAGCUGGUCCUCGCAGCACGGCUGUGCUUAA